AUGAAUGGAUUUACUCUAGCCAAGGAGAUCCUGAGAGCCGGCUAUUUCUGGAUGACUAUGGAAAGUGACGGUGGCAAUUGCUAUCGGUUACUUACCAAGUGGGUAGAAGCUGCCUCAUAUAAGACGGUAACCAAAAAGGUGGUAGCAUAUUUUGUCAAGAACAACUUGAUUUGCCGAUUCAAGAUACCCGAGUCAAUUAUCACAGAUAAUGAAGCAAACUUGAAUAGUCAUCUGAUGAAAGAGAUAUAUGAACAGUUCAAGAUCACUCAUCAAAAUUCAACUGCAUAUCACCCUCAAAUGAAUGGAACGGUAGAAGUCGCCAACAAGAACAUCAAGAAGAUAUUAAGAAAGAUGGUUGAUAGCCACAGAUCGUGGCAUAGAAUGCUGCCUUAUGCCUUGCUGGAAUAUCAUAUGAUAGUCAGAACUUUGAUUGAGGAAACUUCUUAUGCGUUAGUCUAUGGGAAAGAAGUGAUAAUACCUGUUGAAGUUGAAAUACCAUCUUUAAAGAUCAUCCAAGCAGCGGGUCUGAGUAAUGAAGAAUGA